AUGUUAAUGUCUCGUGAAAAUCAGGUGUACUGUGAGACGGUUGGUGAUGGCAAACUCUCUGAAGAGCCACAUUGUUUUAAAGUUACAUAUGACGAGCAUGUCAUAUCUUAUGGAGCUGAGCCAUUGACCUUCGACAUAAAGGGAGUUAAAGAACAUGCAUUUUUUCCUGCUACAAAUCUCAUGUUCAUUGCCUUCCCAGAUUAUACAAUAUUCUUCUACUACGAGAUUUUGAACUCUCCUGACCGAGCUUGUAAUCUCGCCAAACAGGCUUUUGAUGAGGCCAAUGGUGAACUGGACACUCUUGGAGAAGAUUCAUACAAGGAUAGCACCCUAAUUAUGCAGCUUCUACAUGACAUCCUGACUUUGUGGAUGCGGACCAACAUGUGCCCAGCAGUUACGAGAUCACCUUUUGACUUGAUGGGAAAUGCUCACAUGUUAAAACACCACGCCACCAUGAAAUUGGAUUUGAAAUCACUUGAUGGUGGUGAGAAGAAAUUGAAAUUGCUAUUGAAAUCACUCGACGGUAAUGAGAAGAAAUCGCUCGACAAAGGUUCGUUUUGUGCUCAGGCAUCUAACCACAUCCAACAAGAGGCCAUAGCAUAUCAGAUCUGA